AUGGACUGGGCAAUGAAGUUUCUGCCUGUGCAAUACAGAGAACACAUGAGUGAUAUUUUUGGCAAGAGAGGAAGAAGCUGGCAUAUCAGUGCAGUAAUCACUAGAGCAACAGUGGAGAGCAAGCAUGAAGUCGAGUGUUUUGGACACAUUUUCAACAACUGCACCCAAAAUAGCUUUGCAGUUCUUUCAAUAAUAGAGGACUUGCUGCAAAAAGUCAAACUGGAGUAUCCAGGGGUGACAACAGCCUACCUCCGAUCGGAUAACGCUGGAUGUUACCACAAUGGGCCUCUGUUGUUAAGUCUUAGAGAAGUAGGGGUGAGAACCGGUGUUAGGCCAGUGCGAUAUGAUUUCUCAGAACCACAGGCUGGCAAGGACAUUUGUGAUAGGAAGACUGCUGCUAUGAAGGCAGACAUAAAGCGCUGGGUCAACGAAAAGCACGACGUCGUCACUGCUGAAGAUAUGAAAGCAGCACCAGUAUCCCAUGGAGGUAUCAAAGGGUGCAGAGCAGCGGUCGUUGAGGUGGACACGACCAGGGAAAGAAACAAAGAUAACAAGAUACCAGGCAUUAGUGUGUUGAACAAUUUCCAGUAUGAGGAGUGUGGCAUCCGUGUGUGGAAAGCGUACAACAUCGGCCCUGGACGCCUCAUCCCUUACAGCGGUCUUGGAGUUACACCACAAGGAGAUACUGGAAUAAGGGUGGUAAAGCCAUUUGGUCAAGCUACACCCAGGGGAAGCGUGGGUGAGAGCGUCAGGUACCAGUCCGAGAUCUACUCUUGCCAAGAGACUGGAUGCGUCCUCACGUUCAAGACCCAAGCAGAGGCAGACAACCACAUGGACACGGGCAAGCACUGUCUUGAGGUGGACUGUGAGUCCAUGUAUGACCGCGUUAGGAGGAAAUGGGCGGGAAUUGUGACAGGGGUGACGUUCGCUCCGGAUGUGCCAACAACCUCAUCGCAAGGUGAGAAUAGUGGCAGCGCUUUCAGAGAACAUGACCCUAGACCAUUGGGGUGGGCUCUGAAGGUAACAAAAUGA